CGGACAGAGGAGGAGGAGGAGGACAGGAGGAGACGACAGGAGGGUGCUGGAAGGGGGACAUUCACUCAUUGUUACCAACUCGAGGAGCGGCAGAGACCCCGUCGCUACACGUGAAUUCCCGGCUCUACAUUCAGAUCGCAGACUGAACACCAUCUCCAUCGGUGGUCGUCAUCGCUAUUUUCCCCGAAGCAUCAUCACUGUUCGUGGAGGUAGGAGAGGGAGGAGUGUGAGUGGUCACAGCGCAGCAUCUUAAAGGACCACAGCAUCUCCCAGGCUAUGGAGGUCUUGUGACACACUGCUGCCGCUGACCGGAAUUCCCACGGUGAUGGAUGCAGCCAGGUUCAGUCAUGGCCAUGUUGGAUUGCGCUGCCAGACCCAGACUGUUUCUCUGUGAGCUGAAGAGGAGGAAGAGACUACCAGACAGUCCUGGACACUCUUUAAGCCUUGUGAUUUCCCUUUCCUGGUGAAUGAGCCAGAUGCUAACAGGGCUCAGCCACUCUUCCUAACCAGCCGUCCCCCUGGGUCUUUCUUCUCUCCUACUGUACGGACCAGUCAUGGAUCUCCUGUGGGUGCUGUCGGUGUCCAUGUUGACGGCGUGCGUUGCCAUCCCCAUGGAUGCGGCGGAGGGGAGCCACAGUCUGUUCACUUGUGAGCCCAUAACCCUGCGCAUGUGCCAGGGGCUGCCCUACAACUCCACCUACAUGCCCAACAUACUGAACCAUUACGACCAGCAAACUGCGGCCCUGGCCAUGGAGCCGUUCCAUCCCAUGGUGAACCUACAAUGCUCCCCGGAGCUCAGGAUGUUCCUGUGUGCGCUCUACGCCCCAGUGUGUACCGAGUACGGGCGGAUGACUCUGCCCUGCCGCCGCCUCUGCCUGCAGGCCAAGAGCGACUGCUACAAACUAAUGGACAUGUUUGGCAUCAGCUGGCCGCAGGAGAUGGACUGCAACAGGUUCCCAGACUGUGACGAGCCCUACCCCCGUCCUGUAGACCUCCUGUCCAGCUCAGACACAACUGAAUCCCCCAUCUCCGUCCAGCGGGACUAUGGCUUCUGGUGUCCAAGAGAACUUAAAAUGGACCCCGAGCUCGGCUACUCCUUCAUGGGGGUCCGCGACUGCUCUCCCCCCUGUUCCAACAUGUACUUCACGCGUGAGGAGCUAACGUUCGCCCGCUACUUCAUCGGGGUGGUGUCCAUCGUCUGUCUGUCUGCCACCCUCUUCACCUUCCUGACUUUCCUCAUCGACGUGUCCCGUUUCCGCUACCCGGAGCGUCCGAUCAUAUUCUAUGCUGUGUGCUACAUGAUGGUGUCCCUGGUGUUCUUCCUGGGGUUUCUGUUGGAAGACAAAGUUUCCUGUAACGCAGCGAGUCCUGGGAGGUUUAGGGCUUCAACAGUGACCCAAGGCUCCCAUAAUAAGGCCUGCACCCUUCUCUUCAUGGUGCUGUAUUUCUUCACCAUGGCUGGCAGUGUCUGGUGGGUCAUUCUGACCAUCACCUGGUUCCUGGCUGCUGUUCCCAAGUGGGGCAGUGAGGCAAUAGAGAAGAAGGCCCUCCUCUUCCACGCCUGUGCCUGGGGCAUCCCCGGUGUCCUCACAGUCACUCUGCUCGCCAUGAACAAGAUCGAGGGGGACAGUGUCAGCGGGGUCUGCUUUGUGGGGCUGUACAACUUGACGGCCCUGCGUUGGUUCCUGCUGGCCCCACUGGGAUUGGACGUAGUGGUUGGUGUGGCACUGCUGCUGGCAGGCAUAGCAGCACUAAACCGAGUCCGCAUGGAGAUCCCACUGGAGAAGGAGAACCAGGAGAAGCUGGUGAAGUUCAUGAUUCGCAUCGGCGUGUUCUCCGUGCUCUACCUGGUCCCUCUGCUGGCCGUUCUGGCCUGCUACCUUUAUGAGAACAGCUACCGAACCAUCUGGGAGACAACCUGGGUCCAAGAGAAGUGUAGAGACUACCACAUCCCCUGCCCCUACCAGGUGGAGCGUACCAGUCGUCCUGACCUGGCCUUGUUCCUGAUCAAGUACGUGAUGAUGCUGAUCGUAGGGAUCCCCUCUGUGUUCUGGGUGGGCAGUAAGAAGACCUGCUUCGAGUGGGCCAGCUUCUUCCACGGCAAGAGACGCAAAGACGCGAUGGUCAAUGAGAGCCGACAGGUGCUCCAGGAGCCCGACUUCGCCCAGCUGCUGCUCAGGGACCCCAACACGCCCAUCGUGAGGAAGUCGCGUGGCACAUCCACCCAGGGGACGUCCACCCACGCCUCUUCUACGCACCUGGCCAUGUUGGACGAGCCGCCCAGCGCCAGCACCAGCCGGGCCGGCUCGGUCCGCAGCGCACGCUCCAAGAUGAGCAGCUACCACGGCAGCCUGCACCGCUCCCGAGACGGCAGAUAUACGGCCUCCAGUUUCCGGGCCACAGACGACCGGCUGCCCUACGGAAGCAUGUCUCGCCUCAACGACCAAUCACAGUCCAAACACUGCAGCACCAAUCGCCUGGACAGCCUAUCACGGCACGGCUCCACCCAACGACUGGAGAGCCAGUCGCGGCACAGCAGCGUCAGGGACCUCACCAGCACCGCCCAAGCUGUUCUCGGCGUCCCUGGAAACGGGAUCCACAGAGUCCUGGAGGAGGACGGAGCUACGGCCUGAAAAGGGAUCUCGGAUACUUCCGAAGAAGAUGUGACUGGAUGUGAAAGUAGGAAAGAUGACUCAUCUUUCUCUAAAGAAUGUUUGUGGAUCUACAGUAAGCUUGACAGAAUGCAGAGUAGCAGCCACUGUGGUUUCCACUGCUGUUGAAUUUGGGAGCUCAGCACUGAGUCACAGUUGACGUUAGCUUGACAAGGGCUACAUCCAGCCAAAAGGAGAGGACGGAGUGGGGAUUGAUGCCUUAAAAUGUCCUCUCAGCUUUACUCCAUCCCAAAAACUGAAGUUCAAAAUGUCCAGUUCACAAACCCACGAUGGAUUUUGUGGUCCUGAUGAUGACCUGUGGAUAAAAAACACUGGAAAACGUCGACAAGACUUCACUGUUGGACCGACGUUACUGAGCCUGUUGAGAACAAAUGUGACCAACACUGACAGGCUGCACUGGAUGCUUUUUUACUUGUACUGUACUUGUUUGUAUAAAGGACUGAAUGAUGGACGUUAAGGCCCAGACACACCAAUCCGACAUCAAAGAACUAGCGUAGCCCACGUCGCCUUUGUCUCGGCCAAAAGGUUGCACUCGAACACACCGCAAAGACUACAGCCGACGGCCAGUUAGCACGUAUGCUCUGCUCCUGCGUGAGAGGAAAUAAUUCCUCACCAGCAGGUGGCAGUAGUCUGUAUUGGUCAUUCAAAAAGGCAAACCAGAAGACCGAGGACGGCGGAUAUACAAGCCGUUGUUAUGAUACGUACAUGAAACAAAGCAGCGUUAGCUUCAUUCCAGACGGCCAUGUGGUUGUGAAAAUAUCCGUGUCAGAUGAGAUGAAAAAUGAGACGAGCCUUCAGUGUUUUCCUCCUGACUUUCCUCGUUGGCUUGCUUUCCUCACGUCCGUUUCUCUUCUCGUGCACUGAUUUGUUUAAACUGAACAGCCAAUCAGAGCGUUGUCUCUCACUGCCGGGCUCUGCCGCCGAAAAAAAACGA